ACGACACUCGUCCCCGUUGGCUCACAGCGCGCAAAUAACAUCUAGUUGUGUAAAUUAUUUCUAUUGCUGGCUUCUCGUCGUAGCACAACUUCCGGUGCUGUCAAAUUUACUUCAUUUUUUGUGUUGACAAGACCACACGCGCUUUGCCAAAGAUUUUUUUCUUGAAUGAGUCCUGAACGGACCUGAAUUUUUAAUACACUCAGUUCUGAAACAUGAUUCGCUCAGUCUUCGUGUCGGGUUAAAUUCGUCUUGUUGCUGGUUUAAGCUUCCCGGCCUACUUAUUUUAGCUUAGCUUGCUAACAACAAGACGCGUUUGACAAGCACAGAUCGAGUGAGAUAAAAAUGAGUGCAAGGCCGACAUCGGAGUACGCGGAGGAACUACUUUGUGGAAGAAAAGAGGAGAAGGAGCGGCGACAACAAAAUCUGCAGCGCCGUCUUGUCUUCCAUUCAGUUGCAGAUGUCGGUGAAAACUAUCUUUUUCCCGGGGAAGAGGAGUUCGAGUCCUUCCACACUGAAGAAGAACUACGCAUUAAAGAAGAAGAAGAAGAUGUGGAUCUCACCGAGCUGCCGUUGUACUUUGUCCCUUUAAAGAGCGAAGAUGAGGAUAACCGAGCGGCCGACGGAGACGACUCCGAACUCAUGGCUCCGCUAUCCGAUACCGAAGACGUAACUUUGUACGCGCCCGACACCGAUGAAGAAGCGAAUGACUCUGAAGCCGCUCGGCGGUCGUACGCCGACGGCAAGCGGGCGGAAUGUCUUCAGUGCGGAAAAACGUGUUCCUCCAAGAAGAAUUUGAAGAUCCACAUGCGAGUUCACACCGGAGAAAAACCGUACGUCUGCUCGGAAUGCGGCAAAGGAUUCUCCCAAAGGAACACGCUAACCAAACACGCCAGGACGCACACCGGAGAGAAACCGUUUGCCUGCUCGAUUUGCGGAAAGAGCUUCUCGGAAAACGGCAAACUGACCCAACACUCCGCCACGCACACCGGGGAGAAACCCUUUACCUGCUCGCUUUGCGGUAAAAGCUUCUCAUUUAACGGGAAUUUGAGGAAACACGCGGCCACGCACACCGGAGAGAAACCUUUCUCCUGCUUGGUGUGCAACAAACGAUUUACUCACAAGGCCAAUUUACGAAAGCACACCCGAAUACACACCGGCGAGAAACAUUUCACUUGCUCGGCCUGCGGCAAAAGUUUCUCCGAUCCGUCCAAUUUAAAGACGCACACCAAAACGCACACCGGUGAGAAACCGUUUCACUGCUCCGUGUGCGGUAGAAGAUUUUCUCGUAAGCAAAGUUUGGACAGACAUACAACAACACACACUGUGGCGGACCGCUCGGAAUGACGCGAGAUGAUUCGACGGGUGUUCUUUAGUUUUCAUUUUCCAUCACUCUUUCCAUUAUGGCUGACUGUGUAAACUAUAAAAAUCCGUAAAAUGCAACAUGGCAGUGUCCAUUAAAACACAAUCUGACAACAACAAGAAUAAAAUACAGUACUGUACAUUUCCAUUUUCUCCGACCUCCAUCUGCCUUCCGAGGGUGCUUAUUUUCAAUCGUACCGAUCAUACGUUUCCACACGACAGACUUUGUACAAAUACAAUCAAAGAAAUAUAACCAUAAAUUCCCACUGCAGUAAUAAACCUCCCAAUUUCUUUAUAGAGUUAUCACCUACGACGUGCCUGCGGUGCUUCUCGACAAGUGCAGCGUACGGAAAAGUUUACAAACAGGUUUGGGAAGUUACCUCGUUAAGAUAAAAAACGGCAGCACGUGUAUGCAUGUGGUGCGCCCUUCAAAAUAAAUGCACAAAGAGGUGGAAAUCAAAACAACGCGCCCUUUACACACAGGAAGACGAGCAUUGAGAAUACGAGAGCCUGCCACAUGGCUUUUGAUUGACAGAAGUUGAAGGACGCCGUUUUCAUCCUUCGCGUGUUUUUAAAAAAAAAAAAAAAAAUUUUUUUACAUUUUUAAAAAAAUUUCCCUUCAGGCAUGAAAUAAUCCUUAAUGUGUUCAAAGUUCUUGUAGAGACUUCUGCCGUUGAAAUUGAUGAAUUCAACCUGAAAAGAAAAGGGCAGACGGGAGAAGCCGAAGCUUAUUGAAUCCCGGCCCCAUUAUACCAUAUAGGAUGAAAAAAUAUCAAAUUUUUGGCGCCACUGUAUCACCUGGGCUAGGCGUCGGUUGUAAUCCCAAAAUGACUUUCUCGUUUUCAGCGCGCAUUAACUGGAGCUCCCUGAUUCUUCUUGAUUUUGGUUUUGAAUCAAGCCAGUCAAGGAGACCUCCAAUUUCUGUAUGGAGGAUUUUAUUUCAUCCAAGUUUCCAGAUUUCAAAUUCUUUGGAGCCAUACUGGCAGUCGAGCUUGCUAACCCUGAGUUGGCCCUGAGCGCUUAUUGGUUACAUUUGAAUCAGGAGCUCGGUAGACACAGCGGAUAAUUAUGUUUUUACAAUUGGGGAUAAGGAGCUCAAUUGUAAUACAUUCCAGGAGAUUGUGUUGUAUUUACAGUUAUCCACCUAUUGUAGAAGUUGUUGUGGUCCAGAUCAAGCUACUCAUUUGGGUCAUCAUGGCACUCUUCAAUCUGUUCAUCCAGUUUUAAAGUGUGGUUUCAGAUGUCAUCAUUAAUUUUUAAGUGGGGUCAGCUCGUCAAGGCCCCUAAUAGCUUUAAACUUCAUAUCUUGCAUCUUUAUAAGGAUCCUGCAAUCUGAGACCCAGGUGUUGGCUAUUUUCCCAGCUUUCUUAAAUGUGUCCUUCACCUUCGAGUGUCUGUGAGUAUUGAUGAUCAUUGUGUUCAUUGAGUUUCGGGUGGUGAGAAUACUGCUAAAUUAGAGGCUGGAGAUGAACAGUUUUCCUUCGAAGGUUUUAUUGCAGAAUAUUCUGGGCACAAAUGUGAUACAGGCAAGGGCUGUGAUCUCGCAAAAGUGCGAGGAAACACAAUACAAGUCUUUUAUACUUUUUAAAGGGCGUUGCUGAAACUCUGGCCCAAGCUGGGGAUUUUCCAUCCAAAAAAUAUCUUAAGUUGAAACCUUGAGAGCUGGUACGAACAGUGAGUCAUCAGCACAGUUUCUGAUAAGGCGGUCAACAGUAGGUGUGCACGAAAUCCAUUUUUUGAAACCGAUACCGAUAUCAAUAACUUCCUGCGCCUCAAAGCUGAUAUCGAUAACCUAUAAUAAAUAUAUAAUUUUUUCAAGUGUAUAACCUGAGUUUUUGAACACCUGGAGGUUUUAAAAAAAAAAAAAAGUAGUGGUGGAUUCAACAUACGUUUGCCUUUGAUCUCACCAGAUUUUUUUUAUAAUGACAUGAACAAAACAGUGCGUUUCACUUCUGCACUGCCCGACAGCCAGCUCAGAAUGAAUGGACUUCCAUAAACCACAAGGCUUGGUCUUUUCUUGCUUUUAUGGGAAGACACUCCUCUUAAUAUUGUGAAAGUACAACAGAAAAAUACACAUAUUCAAUACUCGAUAUACAACAAACUGCACAAUACAGUUACAUACACAACUAUUAUAUGUAUAGCAUAGCACACUAGCUUGCGCAACUAAAGCAUUGGCUGGCUUCUAUAAUACAACUUAUGAAGUUCUGUACAUAUGACCCUUCACCACAGAAGUAAACAUAUAUUGCACAUGGCGGAAAACAGACGAGUCUGAAAAAACAGUUUCUGCUCUUGCACCCCUCUUUAAAAUAAACUGCUGUAUUUUACGCCAAAAGAACUGUUGUGUUUGAUUGAACAAUAUGUUUUUAUGCUGCCUUAGCAGAUUCAAGGCUCAGUAAGCCCCUGAACUAUUUUUAAUUUGUCCGUUUUACCCUGAAAACCCCCGUUUACAGACGUCGCGCAACCGCUUUUGUUUCAACCCAGCCAUAAAACGAAGGUAAUUAUAUUUAUUAUUCAAAAUGUCUGUCGUUUUUAGCAUAGAAUCAUUAAUUGAUGUCUGGUAUUUCAUUAAAAAAAAAAAAAAAAAAAAGACUUUGAAAACUUAUUCACUCACAUAUUUUAAACUUUUAAACAAAUUAUGUCACAAUGAAAAAAAUGGCGCCUGUAAAAAAGUCACGGAUAUCUACCUCGUAACUAUUGCUUAAUUGUAUUUUUUUUUUGUUACUGUCGCAUUUUCUCCGAUAUGUUAGAUGAUAAAUAAUCGAUCCAAACAAAGAAAAUUUGGAAAAAAAAAAGUUUAGAAGGGUAAAUAUAUGAAAAAGAAAAUGUCAGCCACUCCUUGAUGUCUGCGAUUUGUGCAUCGCAAACCUUGUUAUAUUACCAUGUUUCACACAUAAAACCCCCCAAAAAUCCAGCUUUGGCCAUUCACAGCUGUGGCUUGACACUCAGUGAUACAUGCCACGUGGAGUUUUUGGAUCGAAACAAGGUAAGUACGCGAUAAUAUCUCAUUAAAGUCGUGGCGACUGUAAUUCUGCUCUCGCGUGCUCUCACCUCCAUAUAGGGUUUUGCUGUUUAAAAAAAUGUUUUUUCAAAAUGCCUUCCUGUCCAAAAUUUUUCUUCCCCCAGAAAAUUGAGAUUUUAAGCUUUCCAAUGAUGAAUCACACAUGCAUCAGUUUUGAAAUUUGGCCAAAUUGGGGGUCUCAGAGCUGAACUUCAAGUCACCUGAGUGUUUUGCGCCAUAUUCAA